AUUUCAGGCCAAAUAUCGUUAACAGCGGCUAGAAAUAUCCGUUCAGUUGCAGUUCUAAGCCCUAAUGAUCCCUAAUUGAUGCGCCUAAAGCUCGUUGCUGUCUAAUGCAACAACAGACAAGCAUCUCAUCUGAUCAAAAUGUAUCCUACCUUCAACUUAACUUUGAUUUCUUGUUAUCAACAGAUAUCUUGCACUGUCUCGGCGAAAUUUACCACUUCACCGAGAAACGUUUGGUCAAAAUCAAAGGUUAUACGAGAACCAUUCUUUGUAGGAAUUCAGGUUUAUCCCAGAGCCACAACAUUUACAUUAACUACUUGCAGCCUCUCGAUAACUAGUUUCACGAUCACUCCAACUAUACCAGCUCGCAGGGAUGUGAGGGAAGAAUGGCCAAAGAUAAGUUUCUGGCUCCCGAAGGAGAUUCAACUGGUAAACAACGACGAACAAUGUGAAAUAGAGCUACGGGAAACUGAGCCAGUUUUAGUGGAAAUAAAGACUACCUGCCCGGCAACCGGAGUUUCAGGAGGUCUUAAAGCAAUAGUCCCGCACAUCUCUGACCUACAUUUGAGCCAGGUUUGGACAACCGAUCUCGGCCUUCCAACAAUAUGGGUACGUGUCGUCACGCCCGUGGAAAUUUACACAAAUGUACAUCUGUCACAGAUCCACAUUACACCGCGUUGAGUCCUGGAGGAAAUGGUGGAUAUUUCGAUUUUAUGGGUCUCGGAGAUUAUAUCCUGUACAGAAAUACCGAGACGAACUUUGAGGUGCAGACAAGACAAUGGGCUUGCAACACAGACAAAACUGUAAGUUGCAACUGUGGCGCCGUUUUAAGAGAUCAUAACGAUGUUAUCGAGUUUAGCUGUUGCAACGACCUCCUGACUCGCGACUUUAUAACCCCUAUAACAGUCAAAAUACGGAGCAAAAAGUGCUUGGCACCUGGGAUAUCUAUAAAGAACAUUAUACAGGGAGUAAAUGGCGAGUACGAGGUAAUAUUUCCAUCAGGCCCGAAAGUUGUGUUAAGAAGAAAUAGUUGGGGACUUGAUGUUAUCCUUGAGACACCAAGGGCCAUUGAUAGUAAUAACGAAAAGGGACUAUGUUUGUACCCUGGACCUUACUACAGGAAAAUAGAUACAUACGGAUAUAAUUUAAGAAACGUCGGUAACGUUUCAACCCUCAGAAUUCAUAUGGUACGGAAAGGCGCAGUUAUGGUAUAUUUAUUGGUGAUUUUUCUUUUGUUUUACUCUUUUUUCCCAAAGCUCACAGGAGACUUCUCUUUUGCAACUGGAAGUGUGGCUUUACUGAUGAGCGAAUGUGGAGAACUGGGAGCCAGAAAUCUGUCCGCGCUUGCAAAUUACACCAGCGAAGAGACCGCCAGCGUUGAUACCUUGGUAGCAGAAGUGGCUGAACUAUUAUGUCCCAAUGACUGCACGUUUAAUGGUAAAUGUGUCAAUGGUUCCUGUGUUUGUAACAAAGACUACACGGCUGAGGAUUGCUCUAUGUCUAUUUACCAAAAACCUACAAUUUCCAGAAUAGAGAAUCUGCUACUUUCAAACAACUCUUGCUUCAUUAAUCGUUAUUGCUUCGCCCCAAACGAGACAAAUCCAAUUGAUUGGUGUUACCAAUGCCUUCCAGAUGUGAGCACAAAUUCGUGGACAAAACGACAAGUUAACCUUCCACCUACGUUUCCAUCAACUACCCAGUACUUCGCAGUGUUUCAAGAGACCCUUGAGUUGCCUGUUGACUUCGAAGACCCGGAGGGCAUGCCUGUCACGGUUUCACUAAUGGACGGAAGCCCAAGCGAGGCUGAAGUACGUGAUAACGUGCUAAUAUGGAACGUUACUAAUGAUGCAAAAACACAGUUCUUCAUCAAAGCCACGGAUGCAUGCGGAGCUACAUCAUAUGUUAAUAUCACCGUAUCCUUGGCUGUCUGUCAGUGUCAGAACAAUGGAAGCUGUGUGCCUCAUCCAAACGAGCCCAGGGGAUCAGGGUAUUACGAAUGCCAGUGUAUACCUGGAUAUACCGGAAGCGAUUGCGAGACUGACAUCGAUGAGUGCCAAUCAUAUCCAUGCUUUCGAGGUCGGUGUAUUGAUGGACGUAACAAGUACACAUGCAUCUGUGAUCCUGGAUAUGUUGGAAGCAACUGUGACACUGACUAUGAUGACUGCAGUCCUUCUCCUUGCAUUCAUGGAGACUGUGUCGAUCAGGUUAAUGACUACACCUGUCAAUGUCAGUAUGGAUACACUGGCCAUGACUGUGAAGUUGAAAUCGACGAGUGUCAAUCGUCUCCUUGCAUUCGUGGUAAGCAUGCCUUAAGUGACGAAGUAUUGUUGUCUAAUGAUGUUGUCUGUAUGUUAUUGGACUUAUAUGAUCUUUUGAUCUCUUUUAUUCCGUUUGCAAACAUCGAUUACUGUAUUAAUAACACAUGCAGUAAUGGUGGAACGUGCGAAGAUGAUAUCAACACUUACUCUUGUAACUGCCCACUGGGAUUUACUGGAAAUCACCGCGAAACAGACAUUGACGACUGUGUAAAUCACACAUGCAGUAAUAAUGGAUCGUGUGAAGAUGGUGCCAACAGUUAUUCCUGUAACUGCCCAGAAGGAUAUACCGGGGAUCACUGUGAAACAGACAUUGACUACUGCAUUAACCACACAUGUCAGAACGGUGCAUCCUGUGUGGAUGGUUUCCACAAUUACUCAUGCAAAUGUCCAACAGGAUAUACGGGAAGUAAAUGUGAAACGGGGUUGCCUUCACCUUCAGUAUCUAAAAGUGUGACAGCAACACAUGCAGUGAGUACUUCCAGGGCCAGUACAACAACUAUUACCCCACCUACAAGUACAACGACAAGAACUUCCGCUGCAGCAAGCAGCACAACGCAAGGAAUAGAUAUAAGCGUCAUGCGUAUCACGUCUUCAACAGGUAUUCAAAAGUCUACCAGAUCGUCGUCGGUAGUUCCGACAUCUGAUAAAGAGUCCACAACUGUCACUGUCCAACCAACAACUCAGCAAGUCAUGAUUAAAGGGUCUUCCACAUCGUCGUCGGUAGUUACAGAUACUUCUUUAUCUGUCAAGGAGUCCACAACCGUCACUGUCCAACCUACAACUCCGCAACCAGAAACAAAGCUUGUCGUUGAGUUACGUAUCCAACAGGCAUGGAAUAAAGACCUUGAAGAUGAAAGCAGUCAAGCCUUUAAAGAGUUAUCGCAAACCCUUGAAAUUCAGGCAAUUGGUUCUACAGAAGCCUCAGACGAAUUAACCUGUUUAUUAGUAUUUGCUCUUGUACUUCUUAGGCCGGGCAGUGUUGUAGCGCAAUUUCAGCUGUUGUUCAAAAACAUUUUGGAAGAUGAAAAAGCUUUGACUCCGUUGAAAGAGGCUGUACAGGACGGCAAUCUGGGCCCUCUGACCGUCGAUCCAGAAUCCCUGAAAAUCAAGAAGGACGUUGAAGAACCUACAGAAGAAAGUAAGGUCCCCUAUCCUCUUAUUAUCGGUGUCUCAUGUGGUGGAAUAUUUGUCCUUGCUGUCCUCGGCAUUUAUCUGAUCCGCUACUGUCACCGCAGCAAAAUACUGCGCCGUAGGCGUGCGUCAGGCGUGAUGCCUGCUGAAGUUGCAUUUCCAAAGCCUGAAAAAUACGAGUUACAAGAAACUGAAUCAAAGGAAGACAUCGUCAGGUACGAGGAGACUAGCAUGUGGAAAGACCCCGCUCGGUAUGAGAAAUUGGCUUUCUCGAAUGGAGCCACUUACCAAGAAGUUGGCAAACCAAAUGUUGGUGGUGAUUACCAGGAAAUACGCAUUUCGUAUGAUGAUCUACGCCUCCAAGAGAUGGGCGUCUUGAAAAAGACCGGGCAAAAAUAAACAACAACAACAACAAGGAAACAACCAUUUUUUAACACGCUCUAAUAGCAUUGAAAUGGCGGAUAAGAGAGUACGCUUAUGCUCUAUUACUGUUUAAUAGUAACGCAGUUAGCUAGAAUUUUGGCUCAUAGAGCAGUUUUUGAUUGACUGUUCCAGCAAGCAUGUGCUAAUUUGGUCCUUGUUCUCUUCUAUGGAUAGUUAAAACACAAAUGUCAAUCAAAACGUAGUUUCCCCGCUAUUUGUACCAGGUUAUAAUGUUCUUCCACGAAUACUUAUUGCUUGAAAGCGCGUUUUAAGGGCUGUACAUGUAUUGAUCAAUGCAGUCAUUAAAAAUAGACCGCUUGGCUUGAAAAAGAGUGAAACAUAAAGUUGCGCAACUUUUUGCCAUUUUUUUGCUCAUUUCCGUCAUAUUUUUUACUCAUUUACUUUGUUUCCGGUUAGGCCGAAGAGGACAAUCUAGAAAGACUCAUUUCGUGUUAUCAGUAGAGCGAUGACCCAAAAAAAAGCUUCUAGCUCCGUUUAUCUUAAGGUGGGACCUAAAAACACACCAUGUUUCAAACAUUUUCUCGUGACUAAGAGUUAACUCCAAACCAUGGCAAA